GAACGCAGCGAAGCAAGGGCGGUCGGCGGAGAGGCAGACUUGAGAGGGACCGACUGCUUCCUGGCCGAGGAUGGCGCCCCCCUCUGCAUAGGAGACCAGCGCCCGCGGCGAACCUCUGAUAAGUCUCUUUUCCCUGUACCAGGCCGAGAGUCCUCGUUAUUUUGAACAUGUCGGUGUCGCUAGCCAAGCUGUCCUGUCCGGCAUAUCAUUGCUUCCAUGCCUUAAAAUUUAACAAAAGUUAUCUGCCUGUGUGUGCUACAAGAUGGUCUUCAACUUCCAUUGCACCUCAGAUUACUACCCACUAUACUAUAUAUCCCCGAGAUAAGGACAAGCGAUGGGAAGGAGUGAAUAUGGAAAGAUUUGCAGAGGAAGCCGAUGUGGUGAUAGUUGGAGCAGGCCCUGCGGGGCUCUCAGCAGCUAUUCGUCUAAAGCAGUUGGCUGCUGAACAUGAAAAGGACAUCCGUGUGUGUCUGGUGGAAAAAGCUGCUCAAAUAGGAGCUCAUACACUCUCAGGGGCUUGCCUAGACCCAGGUGCUUUUAAAGAGCUCUUCCCAGACUGGAAGGAGAAAGGGGCUCCACUUAAUACUCCUGUAACAGAAGACAGAUUUGGAAUUUUAACAGAGAAAUACAGAAUUCCUGUGCCAAUUCUUCCAGGACUUCCAAUGAACAAUCAUGGCAAUUACAUUGUACGCUUGGGACAUUUAGUAAGCUGGAUGGGAGAACAAGCAGAAGCUCUUGGUGUUGAAGUCUACCCUGGUUAUGCUGCUUCUGAGGUCCUGUUUCAUGAAGAUGGUAGUGUAAAGGGAAUUGCUACUAAUGAUGUAGGCAUACAAAAGGAUGGUGCACCAAAGACAACAUUUGAGAGGGGACUAGAGCUUCAUGCUAAAGUCACAAUUUUUGCAGAGGGUUGCCAUGGACACCUAGCCAAGCAACUGUAUAAGAAGUUUGAUUUGAGAUCCAAUUGUGAUCCCCAAACCUAUGGGAUUGGACUGAAGGAGCUGUGGAUUAUUGACGAAAAAAAGUGGAAACCUGGGAGAGUAGACCAUACUGUUGGUUGGCCUUUGGACAGACAUACAUAUGGAGGCUCUUUCCUUUAUCAUUUAAAUGAAGGUGAACCUCUAGUAGCUCUUGGUUUUGUGGUUGGUUUAGACUAUCAGAAUCCAUACCUGAGUCCAUUUAGAGAGUUCCAAAGGUGGAAGCAUCAUCCCAGCGUUCAGCCAACAUUGGAAGGUGGAAAAAGGAUUGCCUAUGGAGCCAGGGCUCUCAACGAAGGUGGCUUUCAGUCUAUUCCAAAACUCACCUUUCCUGGUGGUUUACUAAUUGGUUGUAGCCCUGGUUUCAUGAAUGUUCCCAAGAUCAAAGGUACCCACACAGCAAUGAAAAGUGGCAGUUUGGCAGCAGAAUCAAUUUUUAAUCAGCUAACUAGUGAAAAUCUCCAAUCAAAAACGUUAGGACUCCAUAUAACUGACUAUGAGGACAAUCUGAAGAAAUCCUGGGUCUGGAAGGAGCUAUACGCGGUUAGAAAUAUAAGGCCAUCCUGUCACGGAAUACUGGGUGUAUAUGGAGGGAUGAUUUACACUGGAGUAUUUUACUGGAUCUUGAGAGGAAUGGAGCCGUGGACGCUAAAACAUAAAGGUUCUGACUCUGAUCAGCUCAAGCCAGCCAAGGACUGCACUCCUAUUGAAUAUCCAAAACCUGAUGGACAAAUCAGUUUUGACCUCUUGUCAUCUGUGGCUUUGAGUGGUACUAAUCAUGAACAUGAUCAGCCAGCACAUUUAACUUUAAAAGAUGACAGCGUACCUGUAAAUAGAAAUCUGUCAAUAUAUGAUGGGCCUGAGCAACGAUUCUGCCCGGCAGGAGUUUAUGAAUUUGUACCUUUGGAACAAGGUGAUGGGUAUCGGCUACAGAUAAAUGCUCAGAACUGUGUGCACUGUAAAACAUGUGAUAUUAAAGAUCCAAGUCAGAAUAUUAACUGGGUAGUGCCUGAAGGUGGAGGAGGACCUGCUUACAAUGGAAUGUAAACUAAAACUGAUUUCAUUUGCCAGCACAUUUGAUAACCAGUUUCUAUAAAUUAUAAAUGCAUUGCAAUCAAACUUUAAAAUGCUCAGAGAUGAACAAGAAUCUUUCACAAAAUAGUUAAACUUUAUACUGCAUCUAAAAUUAUUCCCUAAAAAUCAUGAGAUAAUUCUCGUAAAUAAAACUUACAAAGGAUGUAGCUAUUAACUAACCUCUUCAGGUCUUCAAAGAUUUCAGUAACAGCAAAAUGCAUUAGUAAACUGCACAUUGUACGUUUGUCUUGCUAAAUUUCAGUGUCCAGGUACAUAUAUAAAUUAGGGAAAAGCAUUGCUCACCGUUCAUUAUAUAUGAAUAAAGUUACAAACUGCAGAGUUGAGUAAUUAAAUAAACCAAAUGAUCCACAAAGCAGAGAUUUUUUUUUUUUUUUUGGUCCAGUUGUGGGGCCUGAACUCUGGGCCUGGGCGCUG